AUGCCACUACGAGCACGGACCAGUUGUGUGCGAGAUGAUCUACCGGAAUUUCCACAUUUGGAUAAAGAAUUAAUUAAUGCAGCAAUUAAAGAACGUCUUAAAAAGCAACAAAAUAGCCGCUAUGAAGAUACUCGCAUUGCAUUAUGUAAUGAAUUAGCAUCGUAUAAAAAACAAAAGAAACCACGAUUCAAUAAUCGACAAUUUGAAAUGAUUGCCAAUUCGCUGAAUUGUGCUCUUGAAGCGACUUCAUUUAUAGAUGAACAUGGUAUUGCUUGCAUGAUGCUUGCAUUAGCAACCACAUUUCAUCCGAAUGGUUUGGGUACUUAUUCUUGCAAAUGGCUUUUCAAUGAAGACGAUAUUAUGCUGAACAAUUCGGCAGCUGAUUUGAGUAUUGAAGAGUAUGACAAAAUCUGUUGUCUAUCUAUAGAAAAAUUUCAAUCAGAAUAUGUCGGUGAAUAUCAAGUCGUACUUAGCAACGUUGCCGGCAUGGCAGUAAAAUCAAAAAGCAUUAUGUGUGCAGUUGUCGAUGACAAUGAAUUACAAUUCAAUGGUAUUCAUGAAGAUAAUUGUGUCAAUCAUGGACAAACUCAUGUGGUUCUUGAACCACUAGUC